AUGUCCGAAGACAUACAACCACGCUAUAAACGCAGUGAAUACCUGAAAAAUGGUUGUCGUGAAUGUAAGCGGCGAAAAAUUAAAUGCGACGAGUUCGUUAACCCUCCCAGAGAGGCCUUCUCUGUCAUGAACCACCAGGGAAAACCCCUGUGCUGGAAUUGCACAAGACUCAAAAAGAUAUGCGAAUACCCUAGAAAGGGUGAGCGGGUAGCUCGAGUAUCUCGGAAGUAUAUUAUGGAGUCCGAGAAAAAUGGGAAUAGCCCCCAACCCUCUAUCUCGCCUAUAAGCUCUUCGAAUUCCCCUUUCGACCCCAGGAACACAUCGGCUUACAGUUUUAAUCCUUACAUAGUUCACGAUGAGCACAGAGUUCCGGUUGCGAGUUACCUGAACUCAACCACCACCAGUGAUAAUUCUAGUAUGAGUUCCAAUUCGCAUUUGAACCACCAAUUGUCAUACCAAAAUUAUCUUAUUGCAUCCCAAGGAGGCCCUCAGUAUCCUUACAACAACUACCCACGAAGCUCAUUCAGCAGUUUACAUUUCGGCACCCAAAGCAUCCCGCCCAACAACAUGCCUGCAAUGAGUUGGCCGCUCAAUCUGCACUUAGGCUUGGACAACACAUACAACACGCAAGUUUCUAAUUCUCACGAUUUCCAAAAUUCCCAACCUCCGGAGGCCAAGGAUUCACUUCAUCAAUCGCCUGUCUCUGCUGGUUCAAGCGGCGUUAAUCUUCCUCCUGUUCAGGAGCCCACCACUAUCGAAGGAAUGCAUAAAUUUGGGUCCAAAAACCCUCCUUUUCUCAAUAAUACCGAAAAAUAUCAAAUCGGUUCAUCGCAUGAAAAUCACCACAUACCACAUAUCCUAAACGACUCCAGCUCCCUGAUUUCUACACAGUCUCACAUUAAUGCUCCCCAAACUAGUAUUGGAGCAAAGACUUACGAGCCCUCAGAUUUGACUGUUAUCGCGUCUGAUCUCAAUAAUUUGGUUUCAGACAUGAUUUUCGAGAUAAAUGAUUCCAAGAGUAACCCGCUAGGCGCCGCAAAUAUUCUACACGAGUCCCCGACUGACAUAUCAGAUAGCUUGUCGCUGUUCAACAACAUGUUUGCAAGUAAUAGCAUUCCAAAAAAUGUUAGUUUGAAGGCUAUUCCUCUGCUACGGCCACGGGAGCAACAAUACCUAGAAGAAUUCUUCGACGGCUUUAGUGCGUACAUUCUACCAUUUCCAGCAUACGAACCAAAUCUAAAAAUUGACUACAAUCCAAUUCGAGAUAUUCUUCUCACAUGCGCAGCCAAAGAGCCAGUUCUUCUCGCAGCAAUUUUAUCUCAGAGCGCUAGAAUUUCUUUCGCCAAAAGUGGUUCACCUAAUGACGAAGAAGCUUAUUACCAGUAUUUACUGAAAUGCUUGAAGAUCCUUGGUCCAGCUCUCAAAGAAGCAGGCGAUAAAGAUGAAGAUGAACUCAUUUCUAGUAUAGAAGGCAUACUUUUGACUGUCUUGCUUUUGACGUCGGCAAACGCAGCUCAUUUCAAACAAAAUUGGAGACCACAUCUCAGAGGCGCUAAAGAUAUUCUUUUGAAAAAAUCUAGAAUUCUCAAACGCUCUGAGAGCCAAGUUCUAGUGUUCUGCAAAUUGUGGUUUUGCUCUUUCGAGAUACUCGCUGGUUUGAGCCUGAAGAUCGGAGGCACACUUCAAGAUCAAGAGGAAAUGAAUCUUCUUCUCAAUUUCGAGAGCACCUACGAAAUUCAAGUUUUGAAAGAUCUAGGCUUGGUGCUAGAAAACGGUUUCAGUUUGUUAGCAGGGUUCCACAACGAUGUCACACCAGCUCUUCGUGAUUUGAACAAAUUACUUGUAAAGUCAAGAGGUGUCGCUAAACAGCCUCUUGACGACACCCAGGAAUAUAUUAGGCUCCUUGCUGCUUUAGAAAAUUUGAGUCAAAUUGAAUUUGUCAAUUCCCGUUGCAUUUUGAAUUCCUCAGACUUUCCUAACGGUGUAGUGCCAAACGGUCUUCUUCUCGAGGAGUUACCAGGCAGAAACGUUUUCAAUGUGAUCAGCUGGAUGGAUUUGUCACAUAAACUGUACAUUUUAGCCGCUAAAACGGUGCUUCUACGGGAGUUUCUUGGGCUUUCGUAUGACAGUCCUCAAAUACAAGCACUCGCUCAUCAAUUUGCCAGUUGGUUUUCCCACCUAACUCUGUCAAUUGAUAGCAUGUCUGAGAAAUACAAGUUGAACAUAAUCAUGAUUCAAUGGCCCAUUCAGGUCUUUGGAAUGAUUCUGAUCCGCCCUGGAGACAGACAGCUUGUCUCGCGAUUGUAUCAGUACACCGAGAAAGCUGGAGCUGGUGGAGCUAGCCAUAUCAUGAAUAGAUUAAAAAGGUUGUGGCAUAAUUAUGAUAGUGGUGUUGCUGAUUGCUCUGAUGAUGAUGUUGAUGUGGUGAACUACUAG